AUGGAAGAGGGAAUAGAGUCGAGAUCCUUCUCCCGCACAUCUUCCUCCAGUGGAUUCGAGGAAUGGGUAGCGUCAUUGAGGAAGCGCACCGGAAGGACGUCCUCAUUAUCCCUGUCGCCACAACCGAAGUCGGGCAUUCUGGCUAUCGAAUCCUCAAUCAGUCCAAAUGUGCUAGAAAUCGUAGACUCUGGUAGCGAUGUAAUCGACUCCGGCCCAUGUGAUUAUUUGCCAAAAACAAGCCUCUGGGAAAGGCUUGGGAGUGUUUCUAUGAUGGACAUAGACUCAACUAACUUCUGCUGGACCUCUCUUUCUUCAUUGCACCAUACGAAACAUACUACUACAAGUUCGGAACCCACCGAGGAUGAUACUAACAGAAGUUUUGAGGUGACUGUAAAUUCUGGAGGAGUUGUAUUCAUUGCGUUAUUCAAAAUAUCUAAAAAUGGUGAAGUUCCUUCCAAGGAAGCUGCAGCAGUUAUUAAAAUAGCACCAUCAAGGAUGGCCACACAGUCAGAACGGUUCGGGUAUGAACUGGCUAAAUGGCUUGGCGUAAGGACCCCUCAAGGCAGAGUGAUUCAUAGCUCCUCGUGUGAAUGGCAACAAAUAAAGGAUGCAGUAGAGAAUGCUCGACAUGAAGCAAUAGCUGUUGGUGAUGAACUUCAGGAGAUGAUUUGCACUGAGAUGCUAGAAGCUCUCGAACUAAGCCGAUGUCUAUUCCUGAUGAAUUAUGUACAUGGAUCCCCUCUACUAGAGAGCACAACACCAUUUGAUUCCCCGGAGUUUGCUGAAAAAACUGCUGAAGCUUUAGGUAGGAUCUUGAUCCUGGACCUCAUUCUGAGAAAUGAGGAUAGGCUGCGGUGUCGGCCCCUUGGUUGGCGUGGAAACUAUGCAAAUUUACUUGUUGCCUACAAAGAAGCUUAUGCAAACCUUGAUUCAUUGGAUGAUGUUCAUGAUUCUGCCAUCAUCCGUUACAAGCCAGAGAUAAUCAAAAGCCCUAAGAAACAGAAGCAGAGAAGAUCCGUUUCAAUAAGCGGCAGUGUCGGCUCAGAUAUCUCAGAGCUUUUGGAAGACUCUUAUGAUCAAAUUGAGUCUGAGAUUUCUAGCUUUCAUAUUGUAGCCAUUGAUUCGGGUGUACCACGAAGACCACCCGCUAGUAAACGAACGAAAGAUCAAGAGAGCUAUCCAAGACUGGUGGAACUAACACUAAACAACCUGGACUAUUCUUCGAACCUCUUGUUUGAGGUGUCCAUUGGAAAACUUGGUACCCCUGGACCCGAAGAAUAUGACAUGUCAUCCAAUUAUAGCUAUCAUUCUCCUCUGUCUGAGAGUGAUAUGGUAGCAAUAGUUAAUUCCUUCCGAGGAGGUUUUCGUAGUGCUCUGAGGGACCUUCAGAGGUUCCACAUUUUCCUGCUCACACUUUAUCAGAAGCUAGAUGCCCUAUUGAAAAAUUUCUUUAAUCUUAUGUAUAAAGGUUCAAAUGAAUUUGACAAGGAAGAUGCAGGUCAUUCUGAUUCACCAUUGUGUCGUGUAGAGGCACAUACUGAUUUGAGUGAUUUCGAAGUUCCACGACAUAUGCGUAGGCCUUCCCGUACCUUAUCCCGUGAUAGUUUUGACAUGUCAUCUCCUAUUUGUCGAGAGAGCUUUAUGACGAAGAAUUGGAAAGCAAAUGGUGAAGCAUCCCGUGGUCUACGAUUGACGAUGAAGCUCAGGGAAUUUAACAAGUAUGCCAAGGUAGACAGUGAGUUAAACAAAGAAAUAGAACAAUGGAAUGACAUGCUCAGGACUGAUGUUGUAAAAUUGUGUCAUGACAACAAUUUCAACACAGGCUUCUUUGAAGGGAUAGAUAAUAGUGUUGCCGUUGAUGCUUAUGAGUUGAAGGUUCGUCUUGAGCACCUUCUUGAGAGGAUAUCACUGAUCUCUGAUGCUGCAAGUACAGAACGUCCUUCUCAGAUCACAGAUCACAUGUAUAUUGGUGGUGCUCUAGCUGCUCGGUCGACAUACACACUUCAACACCUUGGCAUCACCCAUGUAUUGUGCUUGUGUGCGAAUGAAAUUGGACAGUCGGAAUCUCAGAAGCCUUGCCUUUUUGACUAUCGAAACUUCUCAAUAAAUGAUGAUGAAAAUGCGGAAAUCACUGAUGUCUUCCAAGAUGCAUGUGAUUUCAUUGAUUUUGUUGAGCACCUACGCGGCAAAGUUCUAGUGCAUUGUUUUGAAGGAAAAAGUCGAAGCGCAACUGUUGUUCUUGCUUAUCUGAUGCUUAGAAAAAAUUGUACUCUUCUAGAAGCAUGGAACAUGCUGAAGAAGGUGCACCGACGUGCGCACCCCAAUGAUGGAUUUGCCAAAGUCUUGCUGGAUCUUGACAAGAAGCUGCACGGUAGAACCUCCAUGGAGUGGCAGCACAAGAGGCCUGCAAUGAAAGUGUGCCCCAUUUGUGGUAAGAAUGCUGGCCUCAGCAGUAGCUCACUCAAGUUGCACCUACAGAAGGCGCACCAAAAGAUAUCGUCAGGAAGCGUAGACUCAGCGAUAUCCUUGGAGAUACAAAAGGCGAUAGAUGCAUUAAAGACAGGCAACUUCAGCAAUUUUAGCCUUAUUUUCUAG